CUAAUUUACGAUUUUUCGAUCUUAAUGUACCAAAAUAUAAACUCUAAUUAAUAGCAACAGGUAUUAAAACUGUUACACCUAGAAAAAUAAUAAAUUAUUUAAUUUGAUCAACCGCAACAUGUUUAACUUAUAUGUUAUGCUUACAACAAGUGCAUUAUUAUUUGUUAUUUUAUUUUAUUCAACCGAGCAAGGCCUACAAAAGGAUGGCAUCAUUGAUAUCAACACUAAUAAAAAGCUUCCGAUUAAGACAUUAACGGAUUAUUCGCUACAAAACCAAAAGACGGGCCGUUAUCUGAUAUGGGGUCCAAACGCCGGUGCUGUCAAUGGUCCACCCGAUCCCAAGAAUAACACGUGGUAUCAUAACUUCACAUUUCUCACGUCACCCACACCUUCCUACUAUCGUAUGAUUCAUGGUGUCGGUGCCGUACAUGUUGUACACGUGUCCACUGCCCCCGUUAGCGGGUACUACAGGUUUUAUAAUAAGGAUUGUCCUGAAGCUAAUGGCUCGUCGCACCCGAAUAGUGAUUAUAAUUCAGAUGGUUAUAUCUGGUGCGAUAUGCCUACACCGGGUCAGGACGACACCAAUUAUAACUGGAAGUUUACGGCCCGACCCAAAAAAUAAAUUAUUGCUUUUAAAUUUUGAUCCAUAUUCUCAACAAUAAUGUAAUUCAAUAAAACUAUAAAUCAUUAAACAAACGCUCUCUCUCUCUCCUCUCCCUCUCUCUCUCCCCUCUCUCUCUCCUCUCCCUCUCUCUCUCCCUCCU